AGAAGGAACUCGGACAGAGGUUCUGGCAGAAGGGACAAUGGGCCCCCUGCUCUGGGGACUGGGCUUGCUUCUAUUCUUUUUACAUUGUGUGGUGGGGAUCACCACCCAGAGCAGCACGGUCUCAUUCAAUACAGGUCCAGAUGACAGCAGCUCAGACCAGUUAGUGAAAAUCAGCAACCCAGAAAUAACAGUGACCCCAGGAGGACUGACCACCUCAGAGAGAAUCUUUGGGACUACUCAACUUUAUGAGACCUCAGCUGUUACCCACACUCCUUUGAAAUUCAAAACAUCUCUGGAUUUCGAGAACUUGGCAUUAGCCAGAACUGCCUACAAAGCUGAGACUAAGAUAGCCGAGUCCUUUCCUCCCACGAAGACACUGAUAAUAAUUGAUACCCAGGAUAAAACAGAUACCACGAUCCUACUGGAGAGCUCUGACCCCACUCUUCCCUCUGUUACAAUGGUCUCAGAAUCAGGGACAGACAUAGGCAAGACUCCUAACCAAGCUCAAACCUUAAAAAUGGUCUUUUCUGCUGCAGAAGCAGAAAUCACCAAAAUGGAAUCUCUUGUCUCAGCUAAUGCUUGGCCUGGGAUGAGUAACUUCCAAAGAGUAGUCUGGAAAUCAUCAGUCAAGACAUACCCAUUUCCUCUUGCACCCCAUCCAAAUCACGGAAAACAUAGACACCGCCCCAUAAGACACCGUGAUUAUGUAAACUCUGUGACUGGCCAUCCCUGGACUUCCCCUUUGAACAGCAGCAUCCCAGAAAACCAAAGCAGCAUCAAAACACCGACUUUCACUGAGCUCAUGACCACCACUGGCACUUUCACAGAGUCAGAGCUCUCAAACCCUUUCCGGACCAUCGUCCGGAAGACUUCUGGCAUAACGACAUCUCCCGAAACCGAGGCUGUCAUCAUAGAAGAAAUAAUUCCCUUCACCCUGCUGGCUGAGUUCACCGAGAUAGCAGAGAUAACCAGUGGUACCCUAGAGAGAGAAGGGACCCCAGUCAGGACCACAGCCCUCCCUGGGACCCUGACCACGUUCAGUCCCAUUACAGAUACCACCGAGCCGACAAGCCACCGCAUUGAUGCUUUCCCUAGAGGUAAGAGCAUCCAAGAUACAGAGAUGACUCCUUCUGUAACCUUGUCCAUGGCUCUUACCAACGCCAAAGCCAAGGCUACGACCCCUGAGAUGGGGACCUCUGCUGAGACCUCAGGGUCUGACAAUAAGUCACUGCCACAGCCUACAGGUGGAGAGACGACCUUAACUCCUGACAUCCCGGGAAUAAUCAGUACUGAAGCUAAGACCGCCAUUCCCCCUGGGACCUCAGUGACAAUAGACAGCUCUGUGGAAGAGGAGACCUCAUCCCUCUUUAAAACUGCUCUCUUUUCGGAAACAUCAGCUGCAUCAUCCUCAGCUGAACAAGAGUCCAGUGCUGAUGGGGAGGUCUUCACAUUGCCCAACAGGAUCACCAUGGUGGGACCAACCUCAGCUGAAACUCCAAAUGCAGCUGAGAGCCUGGAUCCCACUGGUCACACUGGAGAAACUACAGCCAAAAUGGCGACUGACACCUUGGAAACAAUCUACACUCCCACCACAGAAAAAACCCUGGCUCCCAUGGAGACAACAGUCUUCACUGAGGUCCCAGAUAUAGUCACAGUCUCCAUGGAGGAAAAGUCCACCAUAACCAAGGUCCCUCCCCCAGCCGAGUCUUCAGAUACAGUCUAUACCACCCCAGAAGGGACUACAGCGCAAGGUCAUGAUGGAGGUUUUCUCCUCCUACGUCUGGUUGUGUCCUCCUCUCUGGACCUUACUGAUGUCAAGGUGGCAAAGGAGCUUCUGAAUAAGCUUCAUCAGGAUCUGCUGCUACAGGUCCCCUACACUCAAAUUUCCUUGAUUCGGGUCACUAGGGGCUGAGUUGUUAGCAGUGGCCUGGAGAUGCCUCAGAUGCCUGGAGAGUAACUUCAAUAAAGAGAAGAUAAUGCUGCUAAUAGUCUAUGUCUCCACAAGCAGGAUUAUAGAUCACAUUCCCGUGCAAAGGUUUUCCUGGAAGGUCCUAACAGAAGCCAUUCUCUUUAAUCCCUUACCUUCACAUAGAACAAGUACAACAUCUACCCUAGACAGGAAUUACUUUGGGGGUUCUGGGCAGAAGAUCAAAGAAACUUCUUUGGAUAUAUGAGUAUUUUUAAAUAAAGAACUAUUUCCCCCUA